CUAGAGAAUCCUAAUCCUUGGAAGAGAGGACUAAGUUUUUUUUUUUUCUUCUGUCUCUCUAUCUCUAGUGGGGAUCAACUGGCGGAUAUAGUUCUUCGAGGGUUGCCGAAACUUGAAAUCUACAACUCACGUUUCACUGCCAAUUUUGGUGAGUGGGCAUUGGGCUUCUGUGGAGGGGUGUAUGAUAAGGAUAAUGCAGGCAAUGUCCUUGGUGGUGACUAUCCAUUGGAGAGUGUGACCUCUAUUGACAUUUCAAAUAGAUGUAUUCACAAUUUGAUCAAUAAGGCUUUUUCACCUGUUUUGUUGCCAUCUCUAUCGUACUUGAAUCUUCGGGGGAAUCCGUUGGAACAGAAUUCAGUUGAUGACUUGUUGGAAGUCCUGAAGGGAUUUCCAUGCUUACAGUCUCUGGAGGUGGAUAUUCCUGGGCCCCUUGGAGAAAGUGCCAUUGAGAUUCUUGAAUCUCUUCCGAAGCUUUCUGAACUGAAUGGUGUCAAUGCAUCAAAGAUAUUAGAAACUGGAAAGCAUGUGAUUGAUUCAAUUCUUCAGCCACAUCUUCCUGAGUGGACUGCUGAGGAGCCUCUUGCUGAUCGUAUUAUAAAUGCUAUGUGGCUAUAUUUGAUGACAUAUAGACUUGCAGAUGAGGAAAAGAUUGAUGAAACUUCUGUAUGGUAUGCAAUGGAUGAACUAGGUUCAGCAUUGAGGCACAGUGAUGAGCCAAAUUUCAGGGUGGCUCCUUUUCUCUACAUGCCAGAGGGAAAUCUGGCAUCAGCUGUGAGCUUUUCUAUACUAUGGCCAGCCCAGAAUGCUGAAAAAGGAGAUGAGUGCACUCGUGAUUUUCUUUUUGGUAUUGGGGAGGACAAACAACGUUCUGCCAGACUUUCAGCUUGGUUCCACACGCCAGAGAAUUAUUUUAUUCAAGAGUACAAGAAAUACUGUCAAAACUUGGAAUCGAAAAGUUUGAUUUCUCCACCCAUACAGUCUUCUACAACUAGAAGUAUACAUCAUACUGACGGACCUGCUUUACGUGUUUACACUGAUAUACCUCAUGUUGAAGAGUUUUUGAAACGUCCAGAAUUUGUCAUCACAUCUGAACCAAAGGAUGCCGAUAUUAUAUGGACUGGCACGCAGGUAGAUGAGGAUAUGAAGAAGGCUGCCAGAAUAACAGAUCAGCAAUACAUAAACCAAUUUCCUUUUGAGGCUUGUCUUGUCAUGAAACAUCAUUUGGCAGAGACUGUUAAGAAGGCACAUGGAUCUCCUGAAUGGUUGCAGCCGACUUACAAUCUUGAAACUCAAUUAUCUCAACUUAUUGGUGACUAUUAUGCACGCAGAAGAGAUGGGCUUAACAAUCUAUGGAUCUUAAAACCUUGGAACAUGGCACGAACUAUUGAUACAACUGUCACUGAUAAUUUAACCGCUAUCAUUCGUCUCAUGGAGACUGGUCCUAAAAUAUGCCAAAAGUAUAUUGAGCACCCAGCUUUGUUUAACGGGAAGAAGUUUGAUCUUCGUUAUAUAGUACUGGUUCGGAGUGUGAACCCUUUAGAAAUAUUCCUUUCCGAUGUGUUCUGGGUUAGAUUGGCAAACAACCCAUAUUCUUUGGAGAAGCACAGUUUUUUCGAAUACGAGACUCACUUUACUGUUAUGAACUAUCGUGGGAGAUUCAGUCACAAGCAUACGCCAGAGUUUGUGACAGAAUUUGAACAGGAACAUCAAGUUAAAUGGUUGGAGAUCCAUCAGAGAGUGAGAAAAAUGAUACGAUCAGUCUUCGAUUCAGCUACUGCAGUACAUCCGGAGAUGCAUAGCCCUAGAUCGAGGGCUAUUUAUGGUGUGGAUGUCAUGCUCGAUAGAAGUUUCCAGCCAAAGUUGUUGGAGGUUACUUACUGUCCUGACUGUACAAGAGCAUGCAAGUAUGAUACAGAAUCUAUAUUUGGAGGGGGAGGAGUUGUUAAAGGUCGUGAUUUCUUUAAUGAUGUGUUUGGUUGUCUCUUUUUGAAUGAAACAACUCAUGUCAGCCCAUUGUAAUUUGAACAAUAGAGAAUAAUUUCAAUUGGUGCUGGUUUGCCCAUGAUAGACAUCAAUGGCAAAUUAUGCCCAUGAUCUUCUAAUUGACUUCCAGCAAGUUUCCAUAAUUUUCCG